CAGUAUUGGCGUGUACUCGACACAUACGGAGCAGCAGCAGAUUUUCACGGCGCAAGCGAACUGAAGAAAAAACUAUAUUGCAUAGCGGACGGUCAGCGCUGUGUCUGUGAAAAAUCAGCAGCAAAAAAACACAAAAAAAAACCGUAAAAUAACCUAAAAUCAAGCAAUGUAAAUUUCGACUGCAGUGCGGUGGCCAAAAACUGCUGUUUGACAAAAUCUGAGUUGAUUGUGCGGAGUUGGUAGGGAGAAAAAGGUGUGAACAAAAAUUUUUAUUAACGGAAUUUCAGUGGUGCUCUAGAAAGUGUGUUGCUGAGAAAAAUGUGUCUGUGUGCUGCUGAAAAUUAGUUUUUUUAUGAUACAAAAUUUUACAAAAAAGCUAUGGCCAGCUUCUGCGGUGAAAAAGCAGACUGAAAAAGUGUGAAAAGCGGCUGCAAAAUUUUUAAGCAAAAGUGCGAAAGUGUGAGUGUAAAAUGAGAAAUAACUUUUCUUGCAAACCGAAGAAUGUGUGAAAGUUAAAAAAAGAGACUUCGCAGGAAGUAAGCGAAAAUUGGUAGAGCGGAGCACGAAUAGGAAACGACAAACUAGUGCAAGCAGGCAUUGAGACGGUAAAACCGUAAAAGGCAUAUAAAAGGAGAAAAAAAGAGUUGGUAGCAAGUAGUAGAAAAAAGGAGUAGAAGCCGUAUAGGAAGAAGAAGAACAAGCAGAAGAAUUGAGGGAAUGAAAAGGGAACAGAAAUUGAAUGUGAAGGGGAAGUAAGAAAGCCAGCGCAGAAAGUAACCAAAAGAGGAAGCAGGCAAUGAAGUUUACGGUACAUAAUACGAAAGUGAUAAGAAGAUAAUACGCAAGUAGCAGACGCAGGAAAAUAAGUUACUAAAAGAAAGAGCUAAUAGGAAACCAGAAGAGAAAUAAAGGAGUAGGCUUAAAAGAGUAGAUCAAAAGCAAAAAGGAAAAACCCAUAUAGGACGCAAAUAUUUAGAGAAAUAAGCUAACAAUUUUAUAUAUAGAAAAUAGAACAGCAAAAACAAGAAUAAAGAGGAAUACCUCAAUGCUGAAAUUGCAGAAAAAUUUACAAGUUAUUGACAGCCGCAAUAGAAACAUCAGUAGAAACCGUAGUAGGAAAUCGGAGUCAAAUUGGAGUAGAACCUGAGUCGCAAGCAGCCACAACAGCAUUGGCAAAUAAUGAGUUUAUUUCUGCACUGACGAAAUGCAAACGAAAGCUUUACGGAACCAAGUUUGUUUGGCUUUUUUAAGGGAUUGACGGUUGGAAGUAGCCAAAAAUGUUAAUUACGCCCAUUUUGUACACACCAUGCUCCUCCACACAUUUGGAACGAAAAGAUUGAAUUUUUGAAAUUCAGACAACAUGGAUAAACGCUCAAACGUAGAAAGAACAUACUUAAGCAGUUGAUAAAGACACAAACGACACAAAAGAAAUCUACAUUUAUUUAUACAAGUAAAUAUUAAAGCUAAAUUAAAACGCGAAAACAAUUUUACGAAAGAAAAAAGCGCGGUUGAUAAUUAUGCAUGAAAGGAAAUACAUAAACGGAUGAUAGCAAAGAGGAAACUACAAUUAUUACAGCAAAACAAAAGAAAAAGAAAAUUAAUAAUUAGACAUAUUUCUGUAAGCCUCUUACAAACGUACAUACAUACAUAUAUACUAUAACCAAUUCUAGCCGUUCUACGCUUGUCUCCACUAUACACGACUAAACGCUAAUAUCUCUACAACUAAAACACGCCACAAAAUUGCAAAGCUAGAGAACAAAAUCAGGGAGCACCACUAAUUGCUGAGCAAAUAAAAACCGCUAUUAAUUUGGCAACACUGGCACAGGUAUCUUCCGUACGCUUCCAACGUCGCCGAAGGAGAAGUAAAUAAACGAAAAUCUAAAGAAUUUGUCAAGACCAGACUAUUGAAAAAGAAAAGCGAAGAAAUAAUAAGAAAGCAACAACGAUUAUCGUGGGAAGAAGCGAUUUUUUUGUAGAAUGCAAAGCAGUUGACAAACUCCCCUCCAGCAAAAGCGAAAAUCCUUAAAUUAAAAUAAAAAUAUAUGUAAAGGAGAAUAUUUACAAUUAGCAGCUGAGCAAUAAUUUAGUUAUUUAAACCAAAUUUUUCGCAAGCGUGCUGAACAAAGCAAUUAAAUAAUUGAGCAAACAAUUAAAGCAUUAACCAAGCAACUGAGAAAAAUAAAUCCAAAUCCAAAUUUAAAUUUAAAUUAAAAAAAAAAAAAGAUUUAAAUAAAAAAGAAGAGUAUAAAUCGCGCACAUUCGAAAAUAUUACUGCUUCCUAAUUUAGACAAGAAAAAAACAAACUAAGACAAAAUUAUUUAUAAACUAGAAAAAGUAGUUCAUACAGCAACUAGGCGAGCCAUCAAGCAUUCUAAACUAUAUAAAAAGAAGUAUUCAAAUUUAAUUGUUUACUAAUAUAAACAAGAGACAAAAAUUUAACUAAAUAUUUCAAUUUCAAUUGCGAUUAAAGUCGCCACGUUACAUACAUACUUACUAUCCACGUCUAACCCAAGCUACAAAACGCGCAAACCACCUUCAACUUGAAAGAGAACUCAUCGAAACCCACAAGCAACCAUCACAACAAAUACAAUUGCAAUUAUCUACAAAGCGGAAAGCGACGGAAAUUAUUAGAAAUUUACAAUUAAACAAAUAUAGUGAAUUAGCAGAAAAUCCAAAAUCAUUCCAUUGUAAACUACGAAAAUCUAGUUCUAACCUAACUAUUACAAACAAAAACAAAAACAACAUAGAAAACAAUAAUUUGAUAUAAACCCAAAUCCCCGUAUCCAACCACUACUAACUAACUACUUAUACUCUACAUAUACAUAUAUACUCUAUAUACUAAACGAGUCAAAGUCAAGUAUAAUGGAGGGUUCCAACGAAAUGUUGCUGUUCAACGGGCAUGCCGAGGCCGCUGCACACCUACUGGGUCUUACAAAUGGCAGUGCCGGUGGCAGUGGUGGCAGCAGUUUGCCUGCAAGCAACGUCAAAUCCGAUCACUUUAACGGUGAUGAUAUAUUAUCUAGUUAUAUGUCCAUUCCACAAUUCUAUGCGGGUCGUAGUGUAUUCAUAACAGGCGGUACCGGCUUCAUGGGAAAGGUUCUUGUUGAAAAAUUAUUACGUUCAUGUCCAGACAUAAAAAAUAUUUAUCUAUUGAUACGACCAAAACGGGGACAAGAAGUCUCAGCGCGUCUGAAUGAGCUGCUUAAUGCACCGCUUUUCGAGACAUUGCGACGGGAGAAACCAAAGGAAUUGAGUAAAGUGAUUCCUAUAUCUGGUGAUAUAACUUCCGAGGAAUUGGGCAUCUGCGAAAAUGAUCAGGCGCUACUCUGUCGCACAGUAUCCAUUGUAUUCCAUUCAGCUGCCACCGUCAAAUUCGACGAAAAGCUCAAAUUAUCUGUCACAAUCAAUAUGCUUGGGACAAAGCGUUUGGUUGAGUUGUGCCAUCGCAUGAUGUCCUUAGAUGCACUAAUACACGUCUCCACUGCCUAUUGCAAUUGCGAUAGAACCGAGGUAUCAGAGGUGAUAUAUGCACCACCCUAUAAUCCCGACGAUAUUAUUUCACUGAUCAAUUGGCUUCCUGAGGAUAUGCUCGAUCAGCUGACACCAUCGCUGAUUGGUAAACGCCCCAAUACGUAUACAUUUACGAAAGCCUUAGCGGAGCAUAUGCUUCUCAAAGAAGCUGGUAAUCUGCCUGUUGCCAUUGUGCGGCCAUCAAUAGUGAUUGCCAGCUUGAAUGAACCAUUCGCUGGUUGGGUAGAUAAUUUUAAUGGUCCAACCGGUUUGGUGGCUGCCGUCGGCAAAGGUUUAUUCCGUACAAUAAUGUGUGAAAAGAAUUAUGUUGCCGAUAUGGUACCUGUCGAUAUUGUGAUUAAUUUAAUGAUUGCCGCAGCAUGGCGCACAGCGACGCGAAAAUCCGAUAAUUUGGCGAUAUAUAAUUGUUGUACUGGACAACGACAUCCCAUACAGUGGGGUGAAUUUGUGAAAUAUGCCAUGAAACACGUACGAAAGCAUCCAUUGGAGGGCUGCCUGUGGUACCCGACGGGUGUGUUGCGUAUGAAUCGUCCAUUGAAUGCAGCACAUGGCUUCCUCGUACACUACUUACCGGCCUAUAUAUUGGACAUUGUUGCGCGACUAAUGGGCAAAAAGCCAUUCAUGGCAAAUAUCCAAAAUAAAAUUGCCAAAGCUGUUGGUUGUUUAGAAUACUUUGCCACGCACCAGUGGCGAUUCAAAGAUGACAAUGUGCACGCACUCCUCAAUGCGCUGAGUCAGAAGGAUCGCGAAACGUUUGUGUUCGAUGUACGCACGAUUGACUGGGAGAACUAUGUGGAACGUUAUGUGUUGGGCUAUAGGGAAUUCUUAUUUAAACAACGUCCAGAAUCACUACCUGCGUGUCGAAAGCGAAUGAUGCGAUUGUACUAUUUGCAUCAGCUGACCAAAGUGGUGGCGGUGAUGUGCACUUGGCGCUUCCUAAUGGCGCACUCGAAGCGUCUGAAUGCAUUGUGGACAGCAUUUUUGCAGAAUGUUUUCAAGCUAAUACGACUAAUACCGUUUUUGUAAUAUUCAAAGGUGAACAAAGAAGAAGCUAAUGCAAAAACAAGCAGCAAAGAGCACACUUACGCUGGUAGAGUGGCAUAAAUGAUUGAAUUGAUUGUAUUAAAUAUUGAAUUAAUACAAUUUAUAUAUAUACUAUAAAUAUAUAUAAAUACAUAAAUAUAUUUUUUGUUAUUGUUUUUCUAUAUUUUAUGGCAGUUAAGUUUAAAUUAACUUAAUUACUUUCUUUUAUAAUUUUUGUAUUGUAAUAAAAUUGUAAUCGAACGAAGCUGAAGAGAAAGAAAUAAAUACAAAUAAAAAUGUCGAAGGGUUAAUAGUAGUAAAAAACAAAAUAUUAAAAAAUAUACAUAUAUAAUAAAAAUUGCGUAGAAAUAUUAGUGCGUGAGGUUAAGAAAUAAAGUUUAAUAUAAACAAAAAAAGAAAAUAUAAUAAUAAUUAACGAUUGCAAUUACGCUAAAGCAAAUAUAGUAUAACGAAAAAUUAAAAAUGUGGUACCAAAUAAAGGAAAAAUAAAAUAUACAUACAUUUAAAUAAAAGAAUAAAAAAAUUUUCAACAAACGAUUUUUGUAUGAAGUUUAUGCCAAGCAUUGCAGCAAAUUUUUAUGCUAUUUGACUCUCAUUUCAUUCCCCUUUCUUAGGCUACUCUUUUAUUAAAUUCUUGCUAUUAAAAAUAAAAAUUAGCAGACAACUCUAUUUAUAGUAAUGUACGAAUUGUUUUUGUUUUGUUUGCAAUUUAAUAAAUUUUCAAAAUUUGAAAAAAGUGAAAAAUUUGCUAAAUUGUUUUUUAUUUUAUUUUUAAUUUUUUUUUUUUUUUGCCAUGCAAAGCAACAAAAGCAAUUUUAUUGGUAUAUAUGUAAUUAGGCAAGGAAAGAAACCAACUAUUAAAUAUACAUACAUACACAUAUAUAAUUAUAUAUAAUAUGUGAAAUAUUUGCAAUAAAGGCACUAGCAAGUGGAAAAUUAGUUUAAACAAUAAAACUUCAAAUUUAGUUUAUUUUAAAUUUAAAAGUGAAAUAAAAUAAAAAUCUGCGUGAAAUAAAAGUAUAAAUGAGAUACUAAAAAAUUGCAUGCUACAUAAAAUAAACAAUAAAAACAAAAACAUUAUAAGUCUAAUAGCGUUAGUAGAUUUACGAUUAAAUUGUAUGGAGCAUUUUGGUUAAAGCAUAAUUCCCGGAAUAAAAAUUAAAAGGCAAAGAUAAAGAAAAAAUGAAAUCCUACAAAUAAAUAAUACACAAAAUUAAAAGCAUGCAAAUAAAAUCUGAAAAGCAUAGGAAGCAUAUAAAGAGAAAAUAGAAGCAUGAUUUAAUUUAAU